AAAUGACAUAAGCAAUGGUCUUGUAUCCAACAACCGCAGUGAUAAUCACAUAAGCAAUAGACGUCCACCGGGCGGCGGACCUUUGCAAAAACUGGUGUAAAUUAUAGGACGAUAUUUUCGGUUUCUCCUGCUCAUCACUGUAAACGUGAAUCGUGCCCAUAGUUAAUUUGUGGCACAAAAGAAUAUUUGUCGGCUGGCGGCCAUGUGGCCUGUAGUUUGGACAGCCAUGCGGACCUACGCGCCGUAUGUCACCUUCCCCGUGGCCUUCGUGGUGGGAGCGGUGGGCUACCACCUGGAGUGGUUCAUCAGGGGGACGCCCAAACCCCGCGAGGAGGAGAAGAGCAUUCUUGAACUGAGGGAGGAGAGGAAACUGCUGGAACAAGCCGGGAUGGACGGCACGCAAGUGCUUAGCCUCAAAGAGAAACUGGAGUUCACGCCGAAAGCGGCUCUGAACAGGAACCGGCCUGAGAAGAGCUAGCGCUUUCAAAUACAGACAACUGACAUCCAUCCUAUAAGCCUCUGUGCAUGUAAUCAUGUACUUUGUGGAAUGCUUGUCAACCUUUUGAACACACACACACACACACACACACACACGAUUCUUCUUAGAAGACGUUUUCCUGAUCCAGCGUAACUGAAAGUAAAGUCAAGCAAGGCGUGCUUGGAUGACCUCAUUUUUCAUCUUUUGGAUGAACCACAAUAGAUAUUGUGCGCACACGUCCUCUCGGCCCCCACAUCGGUGACCGGUUUCCUCACCAUGGACACACAUUUUUCACUUCCUGUAUCUGGAACAGCCAUGCGACCCGAUACUAAUGUCCACACAGUGUCAUAUUUGUGCUCUGAUCUUUUGUCAUUGUCUCUAAUUGUGUCACCAAAGAAUAAUUUAUUGAGUAAUGUAUUAUGCGGAGGGGGGGCGGGGUGGAUGAGCUUUUUAAUGGCAUGCAGGGAAUCAACCAACGGUGUAGGAGGUCUGUGAUGAAAAUAAAGCUGUGUAGCCUUGUUAUUGUGUGGAACUGCAACACUUUCCUAAUGGAAAGUUAUCUACUUUGCACAAUGAGCCUUUCCUGCUGUGUGUCAUGUGAAAAGUGGUCGAAUAAAGUUUGAAUUGUUCAACUCUGA